ACCCAAGGCCACGUAGACAAUACUUGUAUCUUCUUUCAAACAAAAGAUCAAAUAUUAUGGACGACUGCUCAGUUUAACGAUCCAUAACUUUUGUYAYCUUCGUCGUCAUCAAAAUAUGGACGGRGAAGAGUUUCACGACUUUAGCUGGGCUGCACCUUCUAGAUUUAGUCGAACUCUUCUCUCGCCGAAGCUGUUUAAGUUGUUCUUUCAUGCUAGCUACACGGCUUUGGUUCCAUUUUUGCCUAUGUACUUUCGCUUCUUGGGUCUAACUGCGUUUCAAAGUGGYAUUCUUGGCUCUUUAAGGUCURUAGUUGGCUGCUGGAGCUCUAUUUUGUGGUGUAUUUUGUCCGAGAAAAUAGCGAAACGGAAAUGUUUUCUUGUGCUGYUGUUGUUGACUGGUAUCGUUUUGAAUGCCUCGUUGAGCUUGGUCCACAAUCCUGAAGCCAACUUUAUGGAUUAUUCUUGCUCCACUCCAAAAGUGUACAAAAAUAAMUCUGACGUCUAUUCMAAAUAUAAUUCGACAAGGUCAACGAGUUACAAGAACAGCAAAGAACUUGUAAACACUUUAAAGAGGUCCGAGGCUGAUUUCGUGAAUUUGACUGAUAGAGACGAUGUUAACCUCGCAUUUAGACGGMCCAAGAUUGMUAAACAACAACAACAAGAACAGUAUAUAUUUGGCUUUCGCCUUAAUUCACUGUUUAGAAACUUAAUCCUUGUGACGGCUUGUGCAGAGAUAUUUAUGUCUCCAGUCAAAGCAAUAAUCGACAGUGUUUUCGCAGACUUUCUUCAUUUCAGUAGGGGAGGAGUGGGGCAAAACAAGAUAUGGGACUUUUUGGGUGAUAUGUUUGGAGCAGGUCUUGUGAUACUUAUUAUUGGUCAAUAUCAAUGCGCAUUUUCCCUUAUAAACAGUUUUUAUUUACAUUUUUACGUUUUUUCUUUUGGUGGUGCUAUUGCAUUUAUUUUUGCUUCUCUUCUACACGUAUAUGAACCCAAGACAUCGAUGAACUACAGAUUUGGWCGAACKUGCAACUUUAUUUGUUGCAAUAUGCAAGCUUUGUCAAUUAUAUUCGUCAUGUUUGCAUUAGGAAUGGCAGAAUCUUUGAUGAGUAACUUUAUGAUGUGGUAUCUCCAGGAUAUAAAUGCGUCAAUAACAGUAAUGGGACUGAUGAUAGCCAUUGGUGCCUUCUCYGAACUAAUCAUGCUUUUCUUUUCUAAAUACAUCAUCAAAUGUCUCAGUUAUCCGAUACUUUAUGCUCUAGCUCUGGUAGCUUAUGGAGGACAUUUUCUUGCAUUUUCUUACAUCACAAAUCAGUGGUAUGUCCUUCCUGUUCAGCUUUUGCAAGGACUUUCCAUGACUAGUAUCUGGAUAGCCACAUCUGCUUACUGUGCUGAAGUGGCACCCAUAGGAAUGGAGCGAACACUGAAUGGAGUGAUGUCUAUUGCAUACUGGGGAUUCGGCCAUGGUAUUGGCGGCAUAGGGACGGCCUUGRUAUAUUACCAGUAUGGUCCAAUAGUGGUAUUUCGCUGUGCAGCGGGAGUUUGUGUCAUUUAUAYGCUGCUGUUCAUACUCCUGCAGUGCUUGAUAAAAAUGCCAGAUAGUGGUUCAAAAGGCAGAAAUAUGAAAGAAUAUCAGCAGAUUAUAUAUGACGAGAGAAACUGUCGUAUUCGUCACCAAGGUGAUUGGCUUCUUGAAGCAUUAGAAGCAGAUGACGAGGACGAGCACUUUACAAGAUAGUAAAGGAUUUGCUUUAAAUGUUGAUUUUAAAGAAGGUCAUAGUCCACUAGACUUCUAUGCGGCCUUGAUCUAGAUUUUUUUGUAUAUGAGAAAUGAGGUGAUUUUAAAUAUCCAUUCAAAAUCCCUUUUCAUCCAUCGGUAUUAAGGUUGUAUCUUUCAGCAUCUCAAUUCAUGUAGCAUAAAGGGAUAAUAAAGAGUAAGUUUUUGCUUACAUUACAAUGUAUUUAAAAAAAAUGUAAAUGUAAAAGCUUGUAAAGGAUGCUGGUGGACUAUGUCCUUUUUAGGAAAUAUGGACAAAUGGAAAUUUUAAUUCCUAAAAAUGACAUGGAAUCUGUAACAUUGAAUUCCAGUAAUACGAGAAAUUAGCAGAUUGUAUUGUCCUGACCUUAAAAAGGAUAUCUUAAAAUUGAAUAAAUUACAUGUCAGGUCAUCUUAAGGAUCUUAGACAUUAUGCAAACAAAGUUAAAAUUGAAUAAAGAUAACAAGGUUUGCUUCUUUAAGAUAUUUUUGGCAAACUAAGAGGAAUUAUUUCCAAGAACGGCAAAAAAACUUGGGAGACAAGAUUUCUAACUUUCAUAUAACAUUAAAGUAGCAGAUGUUUUGAUAUGAAUAAUUUAAGCAAAGAUAUUUAUAUUUAGGAAAAAUUGAUAUAGGAAUAGAUAAGUAAUUUUAUAUCAAGUGGUUUAUUAUUACAACUUUAAUACCAUAAUCUAUUAGCUCAURAUUUCUAAGCUUACAGUAAAAUGAAAACUAAAUGUUGAUUAAGAAACAUUUUGUACUAAUUAAUUAAAAGUUUUAACUUAAAGCUAGAAUUUAACAAUGUUACACAAAUUUUCACUAUUAUUUAUAGUUAGCCAUUUAAAUCUUACAGAUAACCAUUUUUUUGCAAUCUGUCGAAUGCUCACAUUUGUAUAAAUUUUCAUUUUCUCAAUCAUAUUUGGUGUAUGGCCAGGUGGCACAUUCCAUGAGAGUAAAAUGGUCACCAUAGAAACACCACUGUCUAACAUAAGUUUUUAAAAUGAAUUUUGAUUUUGAAAAGGAUAAAAUUUUUCAUGAUUUUGAAUUGACUGGAGUUAUAGUUAUUUUAAAAGUCCUGAGACAAAUGUUUUCAAAAGUAUAAAAUGUAGAAAUGUCAAAAUUUAUAAAAGGUCAGAAAUCAAAAUCUUUGCUGUAGUUGCUGUUUAUAUUUUGUUUCUACUUCUAGUUAAAUAGACACUCGGACAGAAAACAAUGUAAUUAGAGCGUACGAAGACGUUUUAGUGUAAUUUCUAUUUAAAGGUUUUUAUUUGAAUUCACUCUAGUGGAGAUUAGAAAACAGAAGAAAAUUAAUUCAGGGUAAUUUAGUACUAUUUUAUAGGUGGGCGURCGAUGACGUAGUUUGUUUACACCCAAARUAUAAAAUUCAAAAAAUAAGCAAUCUGAACUCAUAUAAUUCRAGAUYAUAUUAMUSUCAACAAAACCUGAACAUUUUAGGGCAAACGCCUUUUUACAUUUCGAGAUAUCGGCAUUUCAAAASUAGAAAAUCUAUAGAAAACAUUCAGUGGUUGGCAAAAUGAUGCCAACCACGGUCAUUUCUUUAGAAAAUCUUGCAAAUUCGGCGCUUGAUAUCUCUUGAAAUAUUUAACCAAUUGCCUUCAAAUUUUCAGGAAUUGUUAACAGRUAUGAGUUCUUUUCAUUUAUGGGCUUGAUUUUCUUUUGUCUUGAAAUUCGAUUUCUGAGAUUUAUGMAAAUGAGCUAAAACGUAAACAUUGGCGCCCACCUAUUGCUGAAGCUUUUCAUAGUUUAAGUGUUUACUCUCUACGCAUGUACGUAUUUUUCACGAAUUAUUUUCCAAACAUUGUACGGUUUUAGUGUUUGUAUUAUCUUGCGGUUAUUUAUUGGACAUUAUGACGUGUAUAUUGCAGCUAUUAUUGCUAUUAUGUGGCUUUUAACUGAAUAAAGUUUAAUUUAUUUGUA